CGGAGUGUCCUGGACAUUACACAAACAGUCAGUCACUCUCAGCUCUCGCACACACUCCUCGCAGAGCUCAAGCCCUGGCUGAUUCUUCUCAAACAGGAAAACCAGGGAAGGGAAAGUGCACAAGAAGACCUGCAAUUUUAUGUUCUUCCUUUCUUUUUUUUCUACUGUUUGAGUUGGCCUUGGGUGAAUGGGUUGUCAUGGUGGCUGACACUGGCAGUCUGACCCCACAAGAAGACUGGAUGUUGAAUGGACAGAGAGCCGCCGUGGCCAGCCAGCGAAAGUAACAGGGAGUUAUCGGAGAAAGGGAAGAAAGGAGGAGGACGAGAAUGGAGGACGGUUUCUCCAGCUACAGCAGUCUCUAUGACACCUCCUCGCUGCUGCAGUUCUGCAAUGAUGACAGUGCCUCGGCAACGAGUAGUAUGGAGGUGACAGACAGGAUCGCCUCUCUGGAGCAAAGGGUUCAGAUGCAGGAGGAUGAAAUUCAGCUGCUAAAGUCAGCGCUGGCUGAUGUGGUGAGGAGAUUGAACAUCUCAGAGGAGCAGCAAGCCAUGCUCAACAAGAAAGGACCAACCAAAGAAGCAGCAGUGAGGAGAUGCUCUCCCUCCUCUGACAGCAGUGUUGGGAAGUCAGCAAGACCAAUGAUCGCAGCCCUGCCCCUGAGACCCACGGUCAACAACGGUACUGUCCUGCCUAAGAAGGGUGGCACACUGCCAUCACCCUCCAACUGCAAGAAGGACAACAACUCACCAGCAACCAGAAGCACUGUGAAGAGAACAAGUUCAUCUGAGCAUGUCGGUCCAAACAACAGGAAGGACAGUGGUGUGGACUCCAAAAACAACCGCACACGCGCCGGGUCCACUGGGAGCAAUUCCAGCGGCAAGAAAACCACAGAAACCAAGCAGAGAGAGCCUGUUUUCAGUGCAGGGAUGCGACGUGUGACACACUGCAAAGAUGAAGGGUAUGUCAAAAUGUAUUUGAAGGGACGACCCAUCACCAUGUACAUGCCCAAAGACCUGGUGGAUACUUAUUGCCUGGAAACUAAAGCUGACUUGCCUCCUAAAAAACUGAAGCUAGACUGGGUUUAUGGUUACCGGGGCCGCGACUGUCGAUCCAACCUGUACUUGCUCCCGACGGGGGAAACGGUUUACUUCAUUGCAUCUGUGGUGGUGCUGUAUAAUGUGGAUGAGCAACUGCAAAGACACUACACUGGACAUACUGAUGAUAUCAAGUGCCUCGCUGUCCAUCCUGAUAAAAUCACCAUAGCAACAGGACAAGUGGCUGGCACAUCCUCAGAUGGAAAACAGUUGGCUCCUCAUGUGCGCGUGUGGGACUCUGUGAGUUUGAACACUUUGCACAUCCUCGGAAACGGUUUCUUUGAUCGAGCGCUGGUCUGUCUCUCCUUCUCAAAAUCGAACGGUGGAAGCUGGUUGUGUGUUGUGGAUGACUCCAAUGACCACAUGCUCUCUGUGUGGGACUGGCAGAGGGAAGACAGACUCGCUGAAGUCAAGUGCUCCAAUGAGUCAGUGUUUGCUGCUGAUUUCCACCCGACAGAUGCUAAUAUAAUUGUAACAUGUGGGAAAUCACAUCUGUGCUUCUGGUCAUUAGAAAAGGGGUCUCUUGUGAAAAAGCAGGGUCUUUUUGAGAAACAAGAGAAGCCCAAGUUUGUAUUGUGUGUGACUUUUUCAGAAAAUGGCGACGCCAUCACUGGAGACUCGAGUGGAAAUAUACUUGUGUGGGGCAAAGGGUCUAACCGUAUUAGCUUGGCCAUUCAGGGAGCACAUGAAGCCAGCGUUUUUGCACUUUGCAUGUUGAGAAAUGGGACGUUGGUCUCGGGUGGGAAGGAUCGUAAACUCAUAUCAUGGGAUGAAAAUUUUCAGAAGAUUCAAACAGUGGAGGUGCCAGAGUUAUAUGGCCCUGUUCGCACUGUGGCUGAGGGACGGGGAGAAACGGUUCUUAUUGGCACCACCAAAAACUAUGUCCUACAAGGCAGUCUGAAUGGAGAGUUCAUACCCAUUACCCAGGGCCACACAGAUGAGUUAUGGGGCCUUACUAUCCAUCCUCUGAAGCACCAGUUCCUCACCUGUGGCCAUGACAAACACAUCUACCUGUGGGACUCAGACUCCCAUCAGCCGAUCUGGACCAAAACACUAGAGGACUCAGCUCAGUCGGCUGGAUUUCACCCCUCUGGGGCGACGGUGGCUGUAGGAAUGCAGACAGGCAGGUGGCUGGUGCUCGAUACUGAAUCGAAGGAUCUCGUCACGGUUCACACGGAUGGGAAUGAACAGCUGUCUGUGAUCCGCUUUUCUCCGGAUGGUAAUUUCCUCGCAAUAGGGUCUCACGACAACUACAUCUACAUUUAUGCUGUGGCAGAAAAUGGCAAGAAAUACAGCAGAGUUGGAAAGUGCUCAGGUCAUUCAAGUUUCAUCACCCAUCUGGAUUGGUCUGUGGAUUCUCAGUACUUGGUAUCCAACUCAGGGGACUAUGAGAUCCUGUACUGGAUUCCCUCUGUGUGUAAGCAAGUUGUGAGUGUGGAAACCACUCGGGAUAUUGAAUGGGCCACUUUCACUUGUACUCUGGGCUUCCAUGUUUUUGGAUUGUGGCCAGAUGGCUCAGACGGUACCGACAUCAAUGCUGUGUGCAGUUCAUAUGCAAAGAGACUGCUGGUGACUGGAGACGACUUUGGCAAAGUUCACCUCUUUUCAUUCCCCUGCUCUCAGUCCAGGGCGCCUAGUCACAUCUACAGUGGACAUAGCAGCCACGUCACCAAUGUUAACUUCCUGUUUGACGACAGCCACUUAGUCUCCACCGGAGGAAAGGACAUGAGUAUAAUGCAAUGGCGUGUGGUGUAACAUGACCACCACCACAUUGAACUUUCUUGAUUUUCUGGGAACAAGUGGCUUGGCAAAGCUAAAGCGGGGCCAUUGACUACAGACUAAAGUGGAGUCUCAGUUUUAUUCGCCUUUAAUUGUUAUCUCAGGACACCGAUAUUUGAAGUGACUCUGUUUUGACUGUCUCACCCACUCCCUAGGCUGUUAAAGAGAUGGAUUAGGAGGAAAACCCUUCUCUUUUGCUUUGAAUAACCAACUAAAAUAGCCGAUCUAAUGGACAAAUGUGAUGCCAAAGCACAUGAAGGAACAUAUUAGGAACAAUUUGUCCAAGUUCAGUAUAUGAUCAAAGCACUGACCAAUCCUAACACUGUAACAUCUAUUAACAGUAUCAAAAGACCUGUGUUUUAAACAAUUGCACGUUAAACAUUGUUUUAUACUGAAAUCUCUCUCCCUUAUCUUAUUAUUAUUAUUUAGCUUUUGCUGCCACCGGCUGGUAAGUAAGGGGACUGCAGCUACCUUCCCGCGUUUUAAAGGGGUGGUUCACCCAAAUUCCCCACUAUUUACUCACCCUCAAGUUGUUAUAAACCUUUAUAAGUUUCUUUCUUCUGUUGGACACAAAACAAGAUAUUUUGACGAAAGCUAAAACCUGCAAUCAUUACAAACCUAUAAUACGGAAGUCAAUGUUUCCAGGUCUCCAGCUUUCUUCAGGAUAUCUUCGUUUGUGUUUAGGAAAGGGAAGGAAAGGGAGAGUAAAUGAUGACGGAAUUGUCCUUUGAUUAUUUAAUACAUGUUAUUGUUUUCUCUAUUUAAAUUAAUAGAAAUAAAAAUAAUACUUAAUCAGCCAUCAAGGAUGAAAAAGUGACUGUACUGCAGAUUAAGACCAUUGAUCACUGGUUUAGUUCAAUCCUCACUCUGUUAUUUGCAUCAACUAGCUUAACUUGAACGUCAUAAUGUAGUGCACAUUUACAUUAGAGUUGAGCUCCAUUUUCAUAACCUCUGCUUGGGAAACAGGAUGGAACCGUUACCACCAAAUGACUGUAGUAUUAAUAAAACUAAGCAUGCACGAGUUUGUCACUGUCUAACCUAAUUUUGUUUUUCCAUAUUCGCUGUCAGAUGUGUGGCAAAAUAAAGAAAACUUUGUUUAGUUCUUCUGUUAAA